AUGAACUGGAAGGUUCUUGAACACGUGCCCCUGCUGCUGUAUAUCUUGGCAGCGAAAACAUUAAUUCUCUGCCUGGCGUUUGCCGGAGCCAAAGUAUACCAAAGGAAGAAGUUGGAAGCAAAGCGGCAAAAACUGGAAGCUGAAAAGAAGCAGCAGUCAGAGAAGAAGGGCAGCCACGUGGAAAAUCUGCGCGAGGGCAUGUUAGUAGAUGCUUGCAUCGCCCUGAGCCCCGAGUGUGACCGGAGGCAAGGCAACUGUCGCUCAUGA